AUGAGCACAUAUACAUGGUAAUAAGUUGCUGAAAAUUAAAGAAAUGGAUGGCUUGUUAUAGAUGGUAUUGUUUAUAAUCCAACUCCAUAUCUUAAUGAACAUCCAGGUGGUCCUGCAGUUUUGUAAAAUCGUUUUGGUAAAGAUGCUACAAGAGAUUUCAACGAAACAGGUUAGGAAUUUGAUGCAAAUAUAGGUCAUACAUCAGGAGCACGCGAAAUAUUAAAAAAAUACAAAGUUGGGACAAUAGAUAAAACCUCACCUUAAGAGCCUUGGCAAGCUGGAGGUGGUACACC